GGCUCCGCUCAGGAAGGGACUCCUUCCUCUUAACGUGGUUGCCGGGUACUGGGCGCUGCCGGCAGUUCCAAGCGGUGUUUUUCUCGUUUUUGGGGAUUAAACGUUAAGGACCACCUGGUUUGAGUACCAUGCGGCUGCAGGAGAGGCCAAGAAGUCUGAGCUCUGCAGCCUUCGCUGCCGCCGCCUCGUCGAUGCCGCCUCCAAACCAAUGUUGAGAGGACGUUGGGACCCAUCCGGGGCCGGAGAGAUCCCGCAGACAGCGCCCAAGAGCGAAUUUAGCCAGAUGGCAGCCGCGAAUGAAUGGACGAAGAGAGGCCCCUUAGAAUGGCAAGAUUACACUUACAAAGAAGUCAGAGUGACAGCAAGUGAGAAGGACUAUAGAGGAUGGGUUUUAACCACAGACCCCGUCUCUGCCAAUAUUGUCCUCGUGAACUUCCUUGAAAAUGGCAGCAUGUCUGUGACCGGAAUUAUGGGACACGCCGUGCAGACUGUUGAAACUGUGAAUGAAGGGGACCAAGGGGUAAGAGAGAAGCUGAUGCAUUUGUUCACAUCUGGAGACUGUCAGGCAUACAACCUUGAGGAUCUGGAAAAGAGAAAGAACAGCCUAAAGAAAUGGCUUGAGAAGAACCACAUCCCGGUCACUGAACAGGGAGAUUCACCAAGGACUCUUUGUGUGGCUGGGGUCCUGACCAUAGACCCACCAUAUGGUCCAGAAAAUUGUAGCAGUUCUAAUGAGAUUAUUCUGUCCCGUGUUCAGGAUCUUAUUCAAGGACAUCUUGCAGCUUCCCAAUGAGAAGCCAAGAACUAUGGGUGCACUGAAAUAAGACUAUUUUUUCUUCAUAAAAUGUUUUGAAUGUUAAGGCCAUCAUACUACAGGACUUUAAAGGCACACAGUGUGUGUGUGUGUGUGUGUGUUUUAAUUUGUUUUGGUAAAAUCAAAGACGUGGAUUAUGAAUGCUAAUAAGUGUACUGUUGCAAGGAUAACAUCACAUGCAACAAAAUUAGCACAGGGACAUUAGGCUUGUAAGUCCUUUCUUCUGAUGGAGCUAUACCUCCAUUUUUAUUAGGCAAGAAAUGUAUUUGGAAAAAUGCAACAUGUUACAUUUAACAUAAAAUGCAUUAAGUCCUUUCACUAACUAUGUGUGUCUCUAAAUUUUUUUUGGGGUGUGUGUGUGUGUAAUAAUGAAACUGCUUGAAACUUAAAAGUUUUGACUAGUGGUAAGUAUCUUAACACACAAACCAUAUAACCCUCAAAGCCUUGAAAGUGAGAACAAAUUGGUAUCUCUGAGGGAAAAGCUAAAUAUGGCAGGUAGCCUGCAGCUGAAUUCAACUCAGUUCCUUCACCCGGGCCCCAUUCCUCAGGUU